CCCAAAUCAUUCUUCUACCUCGUCUGGGACUGUUCUUUCUGAUUGUCAAGUUUCACCUUUUACCUUCAGCUUCGACUAUUGGCUAUUCUGUUGAAGAUCAGAGAUACUCUCUUUGCGCCACAUUUGUUCUUGAGUAAUGCCUCUUGACUGAAGUUCCCGACUUUUAGCAACACAGUUUUAUUCCAGAAUUCAAGUCGCCCUUGAGGCCGGGCCUUUCUCCCACCACUGUUGCGAUAGCGAGGAUGUCUUCCAACGUCACACAUCAUGCUGGAAAAUAUUGCACAGAGAUCACUCCGCAGUGUCCAGUGGAAUUGACGACCUAUGGCUACUAUCCUAAUCUCAGCGUCAACUCGUUUUUCAUUGCCCUCUUUGGCUUGUGCCUCUUUCUCCAAUUAGCGCUGGGCACAUGGCGACGGACAUGGACCUUUCUUGGUGUUGUAGCCAUCGGCUGUUUCGGUGAAGCUGUUGGUUAUAUUGGCCGGGUGAUUAUGCACAACAAUCCCUGGUCUGGCGCAGGAUUCAAGACACAGAUCUGUUGCUUGGUGCUUGCCCCCAGCUUCCUGGCCGCCGGUAUCUACGUCACGCUGAAGCAUCUUGUGAUCUACUGCGGACCAGAACAUUCACGACUGAAGGCGAGGCUCUACCCGUGGAUCUUUAUCGGAUGCGAUUUCGGAUCAAUUGUGCUUCAGGCCAUUGGUGGUGGCACCGCAGCUGCUGCAGGCGACCAGGGUGGAAACAAGAAGCUAUUAGAUGCUGGUGAUGGAUUGAUCGUGGCCGGCAUUGCAUUCCAGGUCGCCACCAUGUGUGUGUGUGGGCUUCUCGUCCUCGACUACUUCAUUCGCUUCCAGAAAGCGAAGAAAUCCAACGCCCUGGCACAUUCGGAAAGCGAAUACGAGAAGAACGCGGCUGACCCUAAGACGAAUCGAAACUUGCGUAUAUUCUGUUUCGCGAUCGGUGCUGCCUUUCUCACUAUCCUGAUUCGAUGCAUUUACCGUCUGCCUGAGAUGGCUGGAGGCUGGGGAAACAGCCUGAUGCGAAAAGAGACCGAGUUCUUGGUGCUCGACGGAAUGAUGGUGGGCAUUGCCUGUGUACUGAUGACCGUUUUCCACCCCGGUUUCUUCUUUGAACCGAUGAGAAAAUUCAAGAAAUGAGUCGCAAAAGGGUUGUUUGUCAGUGGCAUACUAGCGAUUUGGGAUUUGAUUCAUUAGACAUUAGAAAAUUUUGUGGAGGAGGACUAUCUCCUGUUUUAUACUCUGUACUUAGCACGAGGUUUCCACCAGGCCUUACAGAUUCAAAUGACAUCUACG